CUUUCACUUAGCAAAGUAGUAACUUUCCAUGCAAUUCUUGUCCCCUUCUGCCAGCCUUUCUUUCCUCAGGCUUCCUUUAGUACCUUUGGACCCGGAAGCUCCUCAUCUCUCUCGAUCUGUGCCCAGAAAAGCUGUUCCUCCAACUCUAAACGGGUGACCUGGAAGCCACAAACCAGCAGCAAUGGCUGCCACACAAGUGACUGAGAGUACCAUCACAGUAGGUGGACAGACCCUGUUCUACCGACAAGCCACACCGGCGCAGCAGGCUCCUCGGCUUUCCAUCUUGCUGCUACAUGGCAUUCGUUUUUCAUCAGAGACUUGGCUGAACCUCCAGACUCUCUCUAAGUUGGCGGAAGCUGGAUAUCGAGCUGUAGCUAUUGACCUGCCUGGACUAGGUCGUUCCAAAGAGGCUACUGCUCCAGCACCUGUUGGGGAGCCAGCCCCAGGUAGCUUCUUGAAGUCCGUCUUCGAGGCUCUGCAGAUCGACCAGGCGGUGGUGAUCAGUCCCUCUCUCAGCGGGAUGUAUUCGCUUCCAUUUCUUUUCCAGCACAGCGAUCUGUUCAAGGCCUAUGUCCCUGUGGCACCCAUCUGCACAGAUAAAUUCCCAGCCACACAAUAUGCCGGAGUCAAAGUACCAACGCUCAUUGUAUAUGGGGACCAGGAUGCUCAACUAGGUGAAGUGAGCCUGAACAAUUUGAAGAAUUUACCUAAUCACAAAGUGAUGCUGAUGAAAGGGGCCGGCCAUGCCUGCUACCUUGACAAACCAGACGAGUGGCACCUUGGUCUUUUGGAUUUCCUGAAGAGCAUAGAGUGAUGCUUGAACUGAUUUUGCAACCGAUCACGAUCAAUUAUUUUCUCACCUAUCUCUCUGGUUUAUGCUUCCUUGUUAUUAGGAUCUUUUUCUACAGUUCUGUUGACAACUGGAGCAGGGCCUUUUUGAAGUCCCUGACAACUUCAUUAACAAAUGAAUGCUCCUGCAUCCAGAACAUAGCUUUUUUAUGUUUCAUUCUUUACACCAUGUCUCUGACUUUCCAUGUUCUGAUUGUAAGAUGCAUUGGGUUACACUGAAUUCACAUUAGUCAUAAAAAGAUCUUAGAAUCUGCUACACAGAUGUAUUGGGACCUGAGUUGCCAUUUUGCUAAUUGCGAUCUGGCAUGAAUUUCUUUCUCUUUCCUAUUACUCACUCAUGACUUUGAUGUAGCCAUCUAUUUUUUGUUUAAAUGAGCAUAAAAGCCAACAGCUGACUGGCUGAAACAGAUGUAAAGAUGGGGAAACCUGUCUAUUCACAUCCAAAGAGUCUUUCAAAGUCAAUCCACAAUGAGCUGCAGAAAUCUUGGCUAUUUUCGUUCUUGGGGUCUCUGCAAAGACAUUUUCUAUCUCAAUUAGAUAACCUCCUGCCAUUUCACUACCUCCUGCUGCACAUACUUCUCUGUGUCAGAACUUUUUUCUUCCUGCUUUAGAGUGAGAAAGCUGCCAGUUUUUGUUACAAUGAUAAUCAACUAUUUUGUGAUGAGCAAAUUUUAGGGUGCACAAGAAUGCCUGUAGUUCCUAUCUGGGUUACUGAACAUCUCUCAACACUGUGUAUAUGUUAAAUGCUCAUUCUUUUCUUGAAGCUACCAUUUUAGGAAACUCUUUUUCAUGGUCAUCACACUUACUGGCUUAUGUGGUUAAAUUAGAUAUUAAUUUUAGAUAUUAAUUCUAAAAUUUAAGAAAUGGUUUAUGGGAGAUGUUACAAUACUGUUUGCUCAUCGUUGGUAAAAAUGAAGGUAACAAUAGAAUAAUUUUGUAUGCAUUCGGGGACCAGUUAAGUCACCGAAGGAGGAGAAUUCUAUUUUGUUGCAUACUUGAAUCAUUCUAUCCUAGGUAUGAUGAAAGGGGUUGCAGGGUUAGCAAAACAGGUCCAGGCUUUCAAGAAGCUGAUGAGGGAAAAUGAAUUAAAUCAACAAUGCAUGUAUUGCCUCAAUUUCAGGUAGAUUCCAGAUGACUGACUGGUUGUUUGUUAAAAUCAAUAAUUUCCGAUUAAAUAAAUCUGAUUUGUAAUUUA